AUGAACACAAAUCCGUCGUCGAAAAUAGGGGUAUCAGAGACUUCGACGUUGUUGAUGGAUAUUUGUUCAGGCUGGCCGGAGGUCACGACGAGGUGGCUGACGGGGGAGAGGGACGGGACUGUGGAGGCGAAGGGUAGGGAGAGGAGGGAUUGGGGAGAGAGAGAAGGGGGAGAAGUGAAGGAGGAGCCGAUGGGCAACGCAAAGUAUUCGUUGGCAACAGGAGGGGAACAAACUUUAUGUUCGGCUCGUAUAUCCUUCAACAAUGGUGACGUUGGGGGAAUACGUAAAUCCUUCAAAAAAUGUGAAGUCGGGGGAAUUCGUAAAUUUCCGCAAGAAUCUGUAUGCCCAUCAGUUCCGAAUAACGUGAAUGAGCUGCCGAAAAUGAGAAAAUCCCUCCUCUUUGCGGUAGAGGAACGGAACGAAUAG